CUGCAGCUGCGGCGGCGGCACGGCUAGGCCUGAUCGGGGCGGACGCUGAGGCCUGCGGUGCAGAUAUCCGCAGGCACGAGCGCAGAGACGGCGACCCUGGGCCCUGAGCGCCACCAUCCAUGACAGGAGGCCAGGGACCUUAUCCCGUGACGCGAAGCCUUGCGCCUAAUCCCUUUUUCUUCUCUGAGCCUCCAACCUAGUGUAACUCGGGGCGCUUGGGCGUGCCACAUCCCGGGGGAAGCUCCCGUUUACCUACUGCCCGCUACGUUUGUACAGCUUUUUCCUGUUCACAAAGACUUCCCUAGAUCUGCAGCCACCGCGCGAACAUGUGAAGUAGAUGUAAUUGUUUACCAUUUGGUACAAGCAAAAAGCAAUCAGCAGUUGGACAGGAGAAGAAUGGCAUUGAAGCAGAUUUCCAGCAACAAGUGCUUUGGGGGAUUGCAGAAAGUUUUUGAACAUGACAGUGUUGAACUGAACUGCAAAAUGAAAUUUGCUGUCUACUUACCACCAAAGGCAGAAACUGAAAAGUGCCCUGCACUGUAUUGGCUCUCGGGUUUAACUUGCACAGAACAAAAUUUUAUAUCAAAAUCUGGUUAUCAUCAAGCUGCUUCAGAACAUGGUCUUGUUGUCAUUGCUCCAGAUACCAGCCCUCGUGGCUGCAAUAUUAAAGGAGAAGAUGAGAGCUGGGACUUUGGCACUGGUGCUGGAUUUUAUGUUGAUGCUACUGAAGAUCUUUGGAAAACCAACUACAGAAUGUACUCUUAUGUCACGGAGGAGCUUCCCCAACUCAUAAAUGCCAGUUUUCCAGUGGAUCCCCAAAGGAUGUCUGUUUUUGGCCACUCCAUGGGAGGCCAUGGAGCUCUGAUCUGUGCUUUGAAAAAUCCUGGAAAAUACAAAUCUGUGUCAGCAUUUGCUCCAAUUUGCAACCCUGUACUCUGUCCCUGGGGCAAAAAAGCCUUUAGUGGAUAUUUGGGAACAGAUCAAAGUAAAUGGAAGGCAUAUGAUGCUACCUAUCUUGUGAAAUCCUAUCCAGGAUCUCAGCUAGACAUACUAAUUGAUCAAGGAAAAGAUGACCAGUUUCUUUUAGAUGGACAGUUACUCCCUGAUAACUUCAUAGCUGCCUGUACAGAAAAGAAAAUCCCCGUUGUUUUUCGAUUACAAGAGGGUUAUGAUCAUAGCUACUACUUCAUUGCAACCUUUAUUACUGACCACAUCAGACAUCAUGCUAAAUACCUGAAUGCAUAAAAAACUCCAAAUAAGAGAAUCUCUUCAGGAUUAUAAAAGCAAAAUGCAACUGUAUUGCUGAGCAAAAAAAAAAAAAAAAAAGUUCAAAAUCAUUGCAUUUUGUAAUGCUAAAAGGGCUUUAUUCUAUAGUUGAAUCUCCUCUGAAUAAAGAUAUAAAACCUA